AUGCACCAUCCAUUCUUACGGACAGUUAUCCAUGUCAUCCUUCUGUUGCUCAGUAGUUUUGUACUAUGCGAAGGUCGUCAUGCCGUGAUCUUUGACAUUGACGGCACACUCACUCCGGAUUUGUUUCAGAUUGGCCACUGGCUGGUGAGAAAAAAGUCCAAAGAUGCCGUCGAGGCCUAUCUGGAUCUUGGAUACGAAGUAGUCUUGUUGACGGCACGUUCUCAGAGGCUGCAAUGGUACACUCGGGCCGUCUUGUCCAUGUGGGGUUUCCCCCUCGAGGAUCUGACUGCCAUGGUGUUUGCUCCUCACGCAUUGGUCAACGAGGAAGCCACACGCGAGUACAAGCGCAUGGCCAUUCAGAACAUGACGGAAGUGUUGGGGUUGGAGUUUCAGUACGCUUACGGAGAUAGCACUACCGAUUUCUUGGCGUAUGGAGAUGCAGGGAUUGAUUCGUCCCGUGUGUUUGCCACCAAGAGACUGACACGAUCCACUUGCAUGCCAGGAAAUUGGACCGAGUGCUUGGUAGAUUAUACAGAUCAUUUGAUGUACAUUGAAGAACUGCCAUUGGCGUUGUGA